AUGUAUCUGACCCGUGCUAAGAAGCCAGCGCUAGCACUAGCCCUGCUAGUUCGAAGAAAAAGAGCAGCAAGGAAGAAGAGGCUAUGGGUGCACGAAACCCUCAGGUCCAGAGAGCAGCUUGGGGAGUUCCGGCUUGUGAAAGAGCUCCGUUUUCACAGCGACCGGUUCCAGGUCUACUUUUGGCUCAGUAUGGAGCAGUUUGAGAGUUUGCUGGGGAGAGUUGGACCAAGGAUCUCAAGGAUCCAUACAAAUUACCGGGAGCCAAGUUCUUCUAGGGAGCGUCUGGCAAUUUGUCUGAGAUACCUUGCAACUGGGGACUCCUACACCACCAUCGCUUCUAGCUACAGAAUGGGCAUCUCCACUGUGGCAGACAUUGUGCCAGAUGUGUCCAAGGCCAUUUGGGACAGCCUGGUGGAUGAAUUUCUGCCUGUACCAAAGGUUGCUGAUUGGCAUGAGAUUGCUCUGGGCUUCCAAGAGAGGUGGAACUUCCCCAACUGUGUGGGAGCAAUAGAUGGGAAACAUGUGGUAAUCCAGGCACCACAUAAUUCAGGUUUCCAGUAUUUCAACUACAAGGGAACAUACUCUGUUGUACUUCUGGCAGUUGUGGAUGCAAGGUAUCUUUUUAGGGUGGUGGAUGUUGGAGCUUUUGGCCGGAACAGUGAUGGAGGGACCCUUAAUGCUUCCACCUUUGGAGAAGCCCUGCGAGAAGAGAAGCUGCAUCUCCCAGAAGAUGCUCCCCUUCCAGGCGCCAAUCACCUGGGGCCCAUGCCUCAUGUCUUUGUGGGAGAUGAGGCUUUCCCCCUUAGGAGGAAUGUGCUGAGGCCAUAUCCUGAAAGAAACCUCUCCCAACCAAAGAGGAUCUUCAACUACCGCCUAUCAAGAGUAGUUGAGAAUGCCUUUGGGAUUCUUGCUGCACAGUGGAGAAUCUACCACCGGGUGAUUGGAGUGAGCCCUGAAAAUGUGGAUGCUGUUGUGAAAGCUACAGUGGCCCUUCACAACUUCCAGAGGUGGAACUCCACAGCUGAAAAUCCUGUCCCACUGGAAGAACGUGACAUCCCUGCACUUCAACAAGCAAGGAGAGCGGGCGCCAACAACGCCACCCAAGAGGCUGUAUCUGUCCGGGAGUCAUUCAACAGUUACUUCUCCUCCGCCGUUGGUGAAGUGCCCUGGCAAUACAACGUAGCCUGA